AUGGAUGGUUUACGUUGGGAAAAACUCAUUUCUCAAUCAUUACCAUUAUUAUCCAAAUUUAACUUAGUAAUAGUUAACGCUAAUUUUACUUUACCAUUGGAUAUUGGUAUUAACCAUUCCAUUGCUGGAUUUCUAACAGAAUUUUGGUUAAAAAAGAAUUGGCAUUUUACAUGUGAUUAUUCUCCAAAUAAUACAACAUUAUUUCUUUAUUCAUUACCAUACAACAGUAAAUGGUUAUUUCCUGCCGUGAAUAAUUAUGAAACAGUUCCAUCCACAACUUCGUUGAUUGAUGCUUAUAACAAAGUCGAGGAGAUAAGUAUCAAACUAACAAAUUUUAAUUUGGAUACUAAGCGAAGAUAUCAUAACGUUUCGACAAUAUCAUUAAUAGACGAAGAUGAUUCUCGAUGUUUAUCAAUAAUUGAUGAUCUUGGCAAAGUGGUUGUUUGGAAAAAUGUUCGUCGUUUGAACUUUUUUCUUAAAAAUCAUGACUUAUUUGAUUUGUUAAAAUACACACACAAUAUCACAUCACUUGAGCUGGAUGUUGAAUAUUUCAGAAAUAUUCCGACUAAUAAUCGUUUGUCAUAUAUUAAAGAAUUAGAUUUGAUAAAUGGAACUUUAAAAAUGAAUUCGUGA